UUAAAGCAAGCACCUAGGGCAUGGUACGAAAAGCUGUCUACAUUUCUGAAAAAUGAAGGUUUUUGUCAAGGAAAUGUUGAAAAAAAUUUGUUCCUUAAAAGGGAAAACUCAGACACUCUGAUUGUGCAAGUAUAUGUUGAUGAUAUUGUAUUUGGCUCAACAAAUCCCUCCAUGUGUACAAAAUACUGCGAAAUCAUGAAAUCAGAAUUUGAAAUGAGUAUGAUGGGAGAACUAUCACACUUUCUAGGCUUAAAAAUCAAACAAACAAAGUCAGGAAUAUUCAUUAAUCAAUCUAGCUACACUGAAGCCAUGCUUAAGAAAUUUGACAUGAGUUCUGUAAAUGAAAGUCUAACUCUUAUGGCUACAAAUUUGAAGUUAGACAAAGAUGAAGGAGGAAUAGCAUUCUGUGAGAAGAAAUACAGAGGAAUGAUUGGAUCUCUCCUUUAUUUAACAGCUAGUAGACCAAAUAUUCAGUUCAGUGUAGGACUAUGUGCAAGAUUUCAAUCAAACCCUAAGGAAAGCCAUUUUAAAGCGGUUAAACGAUUAUUCACGUAUCUUAAGGGAACAAUCAAUGUAGGAUUAUGGUAUCCAAUCUCUGACUCAUUUGAAUUGGUAGGUUACAGUUAUUCAGACUUUGGAGGAAGCUUAGUAGAUAGAAAAAGUACCUCAGGAACUAUACAGUUCCUUGGACCUGCUCUGGUUUCUUGGUUUAGUAAAAAACAGGGAGCAGUUGCUCUUUCAACUGCUGAAGCUGAGUACAAGGCAGUUGGAAGCUGUUGUGCUCAAAUCAUGUGGAUGAAAGCUCAACUAUCUGAUUAUGGUUUCAAACUAAAUGAUAUUCAAGUCUGUUGUGAUAACACUAGUGCAAUUAGUAUGACAAAGAACCCUGUUCAACACUCUAGAACAAAACACAUUGAGAUAAAUAUCAUUUUAUCAGAGAUUUAGUACAAGCAGCACAUAUUUGUUUACAGUUUGUUUCUACUGAAUCUCAAUUGGCUGACUUAUUUAAAAAAACCUCUCCCUAGUGAACGCUUUCUGCAAUUAUGCACAGAGCUAGGGCUAAAAUCAAAUAAACCAUUUUUCGGCUCAUGCUUGCAUUGCUCCAAGACAAUGUCAUGCUUGCUUCUUUCUAAUCAUUACGUUUUUUCCUGCUUUUCUCCUGUGGGAGACUCUUCAGCUUCUCCCAUCCCUCUACCUAUAUAAGUCCUCCUCCUUAUUUUUCUCUUCUCACACUGUUCCAACAAGACAAACAACUAAACUCAAACUCAGCAAAAAAUUUCAGCCUUCCCAAAUAUGAGUGAUUGUAUCCCUCGUCCUUUCCGCUUUGAUGGGCUGGUUCACACCUUCUCUGUAUAUAUGUUCCAUGAACCUAGGGUGCUGAACCAUCACCGAUAUCUCCAACACUUUGACAAGAGAAGGAUCCACCACGUCACUCAGCUCGAUCCUUAUGAAUUUAAUGUCUACAAGUACGACAUUAUCUCCCUCAUUGAAGGACUUGGGUGGGAUUUCCUUCUUCGUCAGCCUCUUCAUCCUGCCUGUCCAGGAGCGGUGAAGUACUUCUUCUCAAACCUCCAAUGUCAAGGGGUGAGCUCGAGGAGCUUCACCACACUAGUGUAUGGCCAUCUGUUGACUAUACCAGUCGAUGCCCUGAAUGGCAUUCUUGGUUUUCCCUCUCAGGGACUUGGGAUAGCUCACCCUUCUGAAUUUUGGAAGCACGAGUUCAAAAUUGAGGUGGAAUACAGCAAUUUCUCAACAGAGCGAACUGGUGGCUCUGAUGUCCCUAUACCAAGCAUUAUGUUUGGCCAGCUCCUCCCUGUGGGUGAUGAAAAUUACAAAGGCCUACUGCCUUUUGGAUCCAUUAUAACAUGUCUGGUGAUCAACCUAGGGGUUGAUUUAUCUGAGUUUCGCAGUGUGUCCUCUACCAUGUAUGUCAGUGCACUAAAUGUGCUCAUGGUACUUGAUCUGCCAACUAACAUACCUCCUCCUCCUCGCCCUUCUGCCUCUCUUCUUGGACCUCCUCCUAAGCCCUCUUCUGCUAAAACGGCCAAGUCUACUGGUGAACCUAGUAAGACUGGAGACCUUGUGUUCACCAUCUCUGAAGGAAAUUCAUCCUCAGACGACUCUGCAGCUUCUGCUCCUGCCUCAUAACCUUCUGUUUCUCUGUCCUCUUAUGUAGUUGAGCAACCUUUUGUAAUACUCUCCUGGUUUCAGGAUGAUGCUUUUGUUCAGGGGGAAUGAGGUUAGGAAUAUAGUUGUUUAGGUGUUGCUGUAUAGGGGGAAUAUCUUUGAUAUCUCCACACUUUUGUAAACUCAUAUCCCGUGAUUGAUGCUCCUACUGUAAUCCUGUUUUAUUUAAUGCAAUUAUGCUUUGUUUGGAUUCGUGGUCUGCUGGUGUCUUUCUUUCAUUUAGCAGGUAUCUCCACACUUCUCGAACGAAGGGGGAAAUUGUUGAAUGGUAUGUUGGAGACCUUUGCUUGCCAAAACGGUGUCACUUUCACCAAAAUGAUGUAACGUCCAUCACAAUGAAAGAACGUAGGCGUUUUGACCAUUUUUGGAGUUUCGUCCUUCAAAGUCUUCUUCUCCUUCUCGAGCUCUCCAUUUCGCAGACCUCUUCUCUCCUCACAAGUAACCAGGAAGAUGUCCACCACCUCUAUUCUUCACACAAUGAUGAUCACUACAAGGAUCAAUCUAUAGGAAACGGCUCUCUCAACACCGCAACGGUCAUUUCAUGAUUCUCACUAUAAAUAGGAAUCAAUCGCCCUCUUUCGAACUUGGCGGUUGAUAGAAAGAGUGAUUGGGUAUUUGCUUUGUCUAUCAUGGGUCCAUUCAUGUACUUACUUCAGUAGGUCAAUCACAGGGUAUGUAUACUGGGUGAUUGUAUCUUGGGAAGUAGGGGUUUUGAGCGUUUCUUUUUCUUUUCAAAGGGCCAAGAUUCUUGGCUUGGCUAGGGUUCUUCCUGUUCAAGUGUAUUUGUUUAAAAUUCAAUAAAAUUUUGAUUUUCUUCUUUUCACUCGGAUUCCACAUUGUCUCAUACAACAGAAUCCGAAAUCGAUAAAUCCCAAAAACAAUACCCAUUUCCAAGACUCGACACUGUCGGCCCUUCUUUCUUUUGCCGCUACCCUUGAUUCGAUGCAUACUCUCCUUUGUUGCAGACCUCGAGUCCUGACCAGGCUUACCAAUUGAAGCCUUCCUUCUGUGCUAACUUCAAAGACUCCAUGCCCUAGCCCUAACCAUGUAAAUAUCUUGCCCCCUUUAUCUUUCAUCCACCUCUGUUGUGUGAGUGUGUGUGUGUGUGUGUGUGUGUGAAUGACACAGCUCACUCGGAUGUAAUCGCUCCUAAACUAUGUCAACUCUUUCUAGAAUCCUCAGAUGGUUGCCACACACUGAAUUUCUAGUUCUUUGAGGCAGGGCAUGAUUGUUUGUUAUGGGUUUAUGGCUUACUCAAAGUAGCAAUGAUGGUUAUCACUCUCAAAGUGAGGAAAUCGAUUAUGGAUUUGGCUACGUUCACAUGAUUGUUUGUUUGGUAUGAUAAUAAUAAUAAUAAGGGCUAAUACCUCUACAACACACGAACUAUCGAAAAAAAUAUCACUUGUGUCCUGACGAAUGAAUCGAGGUGACGGAGGAAGCGUUUAUCCUCAACUGUGUAAGAGCUUGAAGAUGCAGGAAUGUGGUGUCUAUCGAUUGCGACAAAUAUCACGAAGUCACCCACCAGAAAAAAUGGGAGAUGCUAGCACCGUGCUCUACUAGUGGCAGUAGGAGUUGAAGACGAAAAUGGAGAUGGAGAAAUCGCGGGUGAGGGAAUGGGAGAGAAUGAGUCGAAGAUUUCUUUUUAAUUAUUAUUUUUUGUUAUAUGACAAUUAACAAAAGGAUUUCGAAUGAGUCGAAGCUUUCUUUUUAAUUAUUAUUUUUUGUUGUAAGACAAUUAACAAAAGGAUUUCAAAUUCCACAUCAAAUGUUGACUCAACUUUCUGUUAUAUAUUAACGGUCAAUGGAAAAAUAGUUCGGGAUACAAAUGGAAUAUUGAAUAAAAUAGGAUACAAGUG